AUGCUUGAUUGGUAUCCUCUUCCUAUUCAACGUAAUUGUGACGAAUCAGGAACGUUGCUUUAUGACGAAAUUGGAUGCGCACCUAACAAAAUAAAUAAUGGUUUUGAUAAUUGUCCCAUUUCAUACAACUGCUCAAAUUAUCACUUACCAAAGCAGGGUUGUUUGUUUGAAAAACAUGUUUAUAAAGAUGGGGAAACACUUAAUGGCACAAAUCCUUGCAAUAAUUGCACUUGUUCUAAUACUGGAAAAAAUGGAUCUAAAAUAGAAUGUCAUUCUCCCAGAAUUGACCGUAUACAUCUAGGUCCAGGUCCAGUUAUAUUUCCCAAUUGUUACUACAGUUAUGAUUUAAAUAAAUGUUAUUCUAACCGAAAGUGUCCUCCUUUUAAAAAUGUAGCAGUCUGUGUUGUCAAUCACAAAGGUUAUAUUGAAGGAGAGAAAUUUCAAGCUCCAGACAGAUGUUUGGAUUGCGUCUGCCAAAAAGGAUAUAGUGGAAAAUUCGUUGAGCCUUUUUGCAGGAAGAAACGUUGCGACGUUGAAAUCAGAUAUUCCAAACAGAUAGUUGAUAAUUGCGCUCCAAUAUAUUUCAAAAAUCCUCUUUGUUGUCCUUAUGAUUUCAUUUGUCCGUCAAAUUCAAAAAUUGAGCACCUCGUGAAAUACAACUCAACUAAUGGAGAAAAAUGCAAAUUCGGAUCACAAACCUACAACCAAUCUGACACUUUGGAUUUGGUUAAUAAAUAUAAUGUCACAUUCAACUGUAGGUGUUCCAUACCUCCUCUAUUAACCUGUCUCGGAUAAGACUCGAAGAAUAAUAUCAUUUUCAGCCUAACAAUUUUAUUUAUAAACAAACUAA